AUGGCGGCUAAAUUCGCAGUCAAGUCCUUAGACCACCUGGUUCUCACAGUGCGAUCCAUUCCAGAGACGGUAGCCUUCUAUACUACCCAUCUGGGUAUGCGGCACGAAGUCUUUAGUUCACCCGCCAACCCCGCUGUCCAAAGAAAUGCUCUCAUUUUUGGAAGUCAAAAGAUUAACCUCCAUCAGUCGGGGAAAGAGUUUGAGCCCAAGGCCCAGAAUGUUAAGCCUGGAAGUGCAGACUUGUGCUUUUUGACGGAUGAGAAUGUCGAAAAGGUUCUGCAAGCUUUCCAGGAUGCUAAGAUUGAGGUCUUAGAGGGUGCCAAGAUUGUAGACAGGACUGGGGCUGUGGGCAAAAUCCGCAGCGUUUAUGUGAGGGAUCCCGAUGGCAAUCUAAUCGAGAUUUCCAACUAUGCUUGA